AGUUUUUACAUACCACCGCUUAAAGGAAAAAUAAACAAAAGAAAAACGUCAAAACAAAGGUCUUUGUUUUAAACAACCUUAUUUGAGUCCAUGGGCAGACAUGCAAUAUCAUUUAUUUUCAACAAGUUCACUUUACUAUAAUUUUUAUGUUGAGAUGAGCAGGUGACUCAAGGAUGGCUGGAAUGUUUUCCCAGUCCAGAGACUACACACCUCUAGACGAUAGGGAAGAGUUUGACAAUGAUUUACCACUCAACUACAUCAUCAACGAUGAUGCAGAUGAUGAAUUUGGGGAUGAUGAAAAUGACGGGCGAUUUUCAUUUAGCAGGAUCGUGAUUCUGAUGAAAAAGUUCAAAAUACCGAGGAUUAAUUUUGAGUACUUCGGUGUAAGGUUUAGAAGGAUCCCUGCAAAGUCAAGGAGAACAUGUCUAGAUUUGGUUGUGUGCUUGCUAUGUAUGUUGAGCAUGCUGGCCAUUUGUGCAAGACUAGGUUACCAUGCACUUUUCGUCUUGAAACCAGCACCGGUGAUUGAUAAAUCAUACAGGGCUUUUAGAAUUCCAAACCAUGAAGCGUCGUUGAAUUAUGGAGCUCUCCAAACAGCGAAAAAGAAUCACACACCUUUUUCAAGACUGGAUAUGAAGAACUUUGGCUUGUUGUAUCAUUAUCACAGGUCAGGCAGAGGGAUAAAAGAUAACAUAGAUGACACAAAACUUAGAGCUCAAAGUAGAUUACGAAGAGACUGGGCACAUAUUUCAAAAAAGCGGAAGAGACGAAGUGCGAUUAGGAAAAGACAAGCUCAGCAGUGGAGUCAGUAUUACCCAGCCUGGAAGAUGCAGGUAAUUUUCAUGACAGAAAAAGGUGAAAAUAUUUUUACAAAAGAGAGGUUGCAUCAAAUCCAUGACAUUGAGAAGAAAAUUUUAGCGCAUGAGAAAUUUUCAGAAUUCUGUUUUAAAGACGUGAAGGACAGUGUGAUAAGCGAUCCGGCUGUGAAAGCUAUAAAUGGUUGUGCCCCUUUGAAUUCCCUCCUUUCAUACUUCUUUCCAUCAAAAGACAAAUCAGGGAAUGUGUUUUAUGACGGCCUUGGAGAAAAUAUGGAUAAUAUAGACAGUGCUUUAAGACUAGCGAUGACCACCAAUCAUUUCUAUUACUACGUGGAUGAUAAAGUGAACAGUUCAAACAGGAAAAGUCAGCUGCUUAGAACAGAAGUAUUGUUUGGAGCUCCGUUGAAAGGAUAUGUAACACCAUACACCAAAAGGAGUGAGCAGAGCCAAAAGUUUAAAGAGUUUGUGGUCACUUAUAUUGACAUCCUGUCAAAAUCCUCUACAAAGGAUGUGUCAGUGUUGUAUGGAGGACAGGAAAUAUUUGACUACGAGGUGGAACAGACAUUCUGGAAUGAUGUUAAGCUAGCUGUCUACGCCUUCGUAGCUAUAUUCCUGCUGAUGCUAAUCCUGACCUCCGGCUCAAUAUGGCUAACAUUCUGGGGUCUCAUCAGUAUAUUACUCAGUGCUCCACUAGCUAUAUUUUUCUACCGGGUUGUGUUCAAAAUAGUGGGACUGGGGAUAUUAAAUGGUGCUGCAGCUUUUGUGAUCAUUGGUAUAGGUGUGGAUGAUGUAUUUGUAUUUAUUAACAUAUUCCGUCAAGCAGAUCAUGUUACUGAUCCAAGGGAGAGAACUUUAUAUACCAUUAAAACAGCGGGAAAGGCAACGUUCUUUACUUCGUUUACUACAGCAGCAGCCUUUGCUGCAAACAUAGCUUCUAUGAUUCCAGCUGUUCAUGAUUUUGGCUUAUUUAUGUCACUGAUCGUCGCUAACUGUUGGGUCACUGUGAUGCUAAUUAUGCCACCUGUUUUAUAUAUCUGGUACAUCUCAUUCCGGAAAUGUGAGGCUACAAUUGCUAGAGCCAUUUGUUGUUGUUUACCAUCUUGCCUGUGCUGCAAUUUGACCUUGCCCUCUGAUGUGGCCCAUUUUAUGGACAGUAACCAUGGCAACACAGGUCAAGUGGCUGUACAAAGGGAGGUAACAGUUGAUGAUGAAGAUGAUGAUGUCCCCAUGCUGUCAAUGGAAGCUCCACUUUUAUAUGUUGAUGAUACCGAGGAUGAAGAGUUGGUUCAUGUUGACCCGGACCCUCUUAUGAUCCCGGAGGAAGAGACUGUAGAAAAGACAGAUGGUCAGAUGGGGAUCAAACUUCAAGCGUUGCUGUACUAUGGAUUGGCAAAACCUAUAAUAAAAGUCAGAUGGAUAAUUCUAGGUAUAUCGUUUGUAUUAUUCUGUGUGUCAGUGGGUUUGAUGACACAGUUAAAGACAUCCACAAAACCACCUCAGUUCUUUAGAGAGGACACCAACAUGCAGAAACUGCUUGAUCUGAAAUCCAAAUUUAGUGCAAUAGAUACCGUAGAAUGUUACGAUUGUUCAGCCAUAUACAGUGUUGGAAAGCAAAAACAAACGAUACCUACAUCAGAGGCCCCAACUUUACCUUGGACAGAGCCGACAACUGAACCACAAACUACCACAGUACAACCUGUGACAAGAAAAGUACCAUCCACCCAUCAUCUAACUACAGCAAAACCUCCUAACACAACCACUAGAAAACCUGAGGUGAUCACAGCAAAACCAACAGACCAUCAGCCAUGGAAAACAAUACCUCCAGAGCCCAGUUAUCCCACAAAACCAAAAGAAGAGGCCAAGAUCACACCAAAAUCUCUUCCUGAGGACUUCGAUGUUUGUAAGAACAGGGACUGCAGUCACCCAAAGGAGCGGCCCUUGCUGGAAUCAGGGGCCACAGUGUAUGUUGUACUGGGUGUGAAAAAUUUUCAUUGGUCGGCGACAGAUGUAGAGCAUGUCAUGUCAAGUAAUGUGGUACGGUUUAUUAUUACUUUGAAUUUGCAAGGCAGAGCCUCAUUACCACCUAAACAGUUACGCUUGAGCAAGAAAACAUCUAAGAGUAAGUCAUACUUUGAGGCAUACAAGGAAUACCUGCAAUGGGAAGAUUAUCUCAAAGAGGUGAAAAAGGGGCUGGACCCCAGUAGCCCGCUGAAUGAUCUGUUCCAGACGUCAGAAUUCUGGCCCGAGGUAUUGAUGGAAAUUGUUGCAGUGAAUAGCGCCAUCUAUGGAGUAGUGUUGUCCAUGGUUAUAUGUAUGGUGGCGGUUGUGUUGUUUACACGGCAUUUUAUGCUGCUUCUGGUAAUCUUUAUAAGCAUUACAGAAAUGGUGUGCCUGGUUGUUGGAAUAUUCUACGUCCUUGGAUGGGAGAUAGGAGGAGUUGAGGCUGUGUCGCUGUCAAUUUUAGUCGGCUCAUCAGUAGAUUAUUGUGUUCACCUUGUUGAAGGCUACAUUCUUGCUGCUAAAGCUUGCCCAAUUAAAGAUGAUUCUGCCAAAGCCAGACAAUGGAGGACAAGUGCCACUUUCAGUCAUAUAGGCGUGUCUGUUAUAAGCUCCGCCCUUACUACUAUAAUUGCUGCAUUACCACUAACACAGACUACGAUUCAACCAUUUGCCAAGUUCGGACAGAUUAUCGCUAUCAACACGUCUGUCUGCAUUCUAUACUCUCUCACUGUUUGUACUGCAUUACUCAGUACGAUCGCACCUGCAUUCUUCAAUCCAUCAUGGAAAUCUACAUUAAAAUCCGUGCUUGGUACGGCAUGUGUGAUUGGUCUAAGCAUUCUAGCUAUGUUUAUUAUGUCAAAAGCCGGUCUCUACAUACCUGGACCAAAUGGAGGAUCACUUUUCCCAAAAUAGACGGUCAUCAUAAAAGUUUGUUUCUAGUUUCUAACAUGAUGCCUUUUCUUUAUAUGCUUAAAAUUGUUCUCUUUUAUGUGAGUAGUCCAUGGCCUGUUUUCCUUUUUUCAUACUUUUACUUCAGAGAAUAAUUAUAUGACAAGAAAUUCUUGCCUUAAAUUAUUUUAGUUUUCAAUUCUAAGGAAGUAUCAUUAAAAAUAGUGUAGAUUUGGUCUUAGACUUACCAGAUUUUAUAAAUGGUACAACUUGAAAAAUUUUAUGUAAGUUAUGCAGAAUUCAAUUCAGUAUAAAUGCAAAACUUUUAUUUAGACUGACUGUUGUCAUUUUAUAUGGAAUUUUACCUGGGUCUUGUGUUGUAAAACUUUAGUUUGAACACCAGUCUCAAAAUGUCAGCAUCUGAUCGGUUAAUUCUAGGCUUGGUCUUGAAAUUGACCAAAGACAAGCUUUCAUUUUAAGUCUAGUCUCUAAAGUCAGUUUUGUAAUGAUAUUCUUGGAUGAAAAAAAAAGAAUCAAAUUUUCAACAUUUUUAUGAUUUUAUUAAUAGAAAGUAGCUAUAGUUAUGAUUUCAUAGAAAGUAGAAGAAUCUGAUUCUAGUCUUAUUAAGCAAUUGGGAUUGCAUAAAAUCUUAGAAAACUUUUAUGUAUACUUUUUUUUUUUUUUAAGAAAUAUUAUAAUCCAUUCAGGGUUGUAUAAAAGUUUUAAAACAUAGUUAGUGAUUCAGAAUAUUUGUAGGAUUUUUAAUGCGAGUCAAAUUUUAUAACUCAAUAGAUAUAAUUUUUCAUAUUAAAAUUAGAUAAAAAAAUAUACUAUUUUGUGAAAGCAUUCCAAAAUGGCCAUUGUAAUUACAAGUUUUUUGUAAACUGUCAAACCUGUGGUAAAGAUCACAUGUGAACAUAGGCCACCUGUGUGCACAAAAGUCACCUGUGAACAAGUAUCUGAACAAAGACUGCUAGUGAACAUAGACCACUUGUGAAUAUAGACUACCUGUGAACAUACACUACCUGUGAACAUAGACUACCCAUAAACAUAGGCGACCUGUGUACAUAGACUACUUGUGAAUAAAGACUACUUGUGAACAGAGACUGCUUGUAAUUAUAGACUAUCUGUGAACAUAGACUACAUGUGAAUGUAGACUACUUAUGAUUAAAGACUACUUAUACAGAUAGACAAUCUCUAAACUGAACAUAGACUACUUGUGAACGUAGACUAUUUGUGAAUAAAGACUACUUCUGAACAUAGACUGCCUGUAAUUAUAGACUAUCUGUGAACAUAGACUACUUGUAAAUAAAGACUACUUGUACAGAUAGACAGUCUGCAAACAUAGACUACUUCUGAACAUAGACUACUUGUGAAUAAAGACUACUUGUGAACAUAGACUACCUGUAAUUAUAGACCAUCUGUGAACAUAGACUACUUGUGAACAAAGACUGCUUGUGAACAUAGACUACCUAGACUAAUUUUAGACCAUCUGUGAACAUAGACUACUUGUGAACAAAGACUACUUGUGAACAUAGACUACCUAGACUAAUUAUAGACUUAUGAACAUAGACUUCCUGUGAACAUAGACUACCUAUGAACAUAGACUACCUGUAAGCAUGGACUACUUGUGAACAUAGACUACGUUUAUAUGACUGAAAAAUUGUUGAAAAAGACGUUAAACCUGAACACACACACACACACUUGUGAACAAAAACUUCUUGGUAAUAAAGACUACCUGUGAACAUAGACUACUUGUGAACAUAGACUACCUGUUAAUAUAGACUACCUGUGAGCAUAGACUUCCUAUGAACAUGAACUACCUGUGAAUAAAAAAACUACAUGUGAAUAUAGACAACUUGUGAACAUAGACUACUUUUGAACCUAAACAACUUGUGAAAAUGGACUUCAUGUGAAAACGGACUUCUUGUAAACAUGGACUACUUGUGAACAGAGACUACAUGUGAACAAAAACUACUUGUGAACAAAAAUCACUUACGAAAAAAAAGACUACCUGUGAAUGAAGACCACUAAUCCUAGGUGCUUUUUAACAUGUUUAUACAGAAAACCUGUAAGGAACGCCCAACUUUUUAAGUAUCCCAAGCAUGGCCUUGAUACACAGGUUUGUCUGUUUACACAUAUAUACUGCUGUCAAAUGAAUCUCAGUCUAGGAUUUAGUAUUUUUAUAUACUUUUUUAUACUUCCUCAUUGAUAAAAUUAAGUCAAAAAUAAAAAUGUAGAUGAUUCCAUACUUGUAUAGAUACCCGUACUUGUAUGAUUUUAAUCUUUAAGUUAGUAAGCAUCUUGAGUGUCAAAAUUUGGAACAUUAUAAUAUCCAUUUAUUUAGCUGUACAAGUGAAAUUUGUACCUGUAAAACCUACACCUGAGGUUUUUAACAACUUUUGCAUGAAGUGUGCAGUUUGAUUAAUAUAACUGACAAAUGUUAGAAGGCACUUUUUCAUGUAUAGAGUGUUACAACAUGAACUAGCAGGUAUAAUAUAUGCAAGUACUGGUACAUAUAGGAAUCUGCAGCAAUGAUAGAAUCUGGGCUGUAUACGGAUUCUAUAGUUUUGAUUUUAUGGUAUGUUCUGAAAUCAGGUACGUAUUAAUAUGGGUGUUUUUUUUUUUUUCACCAGAAAUGUUUUUUAAACAACCAGUAAGUAGAUGAUUUUCAAGGUUAUACCAUUGAUAAUCUUUCAUGGAUCGUGGUUGUUAAAGUCCUUAACUGAGACACAAACUGACAAUUUUUUGUUGGCAUUUUCAUAAAUCAGAGGGCAAUAGUUUAAACUCUUGGCCACUCAUGCAGGAGCAAUAAAAUUUUCAAGGAAGAGUAAAAAUUAUUACAGUUGCCCCUGCAUUGGUUACUGCCAUAAGCAGAAGUGAUGGAAUUCUGUUUGAUAAUUCGAUAACUGGACAACAAAACAGUGAUUUGUUAAUAUAACUGAUAAUACAGAAAAUUAACCCUUAGCCUGCUGGCGGUUAUUGAUUCUGCCUUUGGGACCAGUGCAGACCAAGAUCAGCCUGCACGUCCAUGCAGUCUGAUCAUGGUCUGCACUGUUUGCCAUUCAGUCAAUAUCUUUUUGGUAUUAAAACACCCCUUUUAACUGUUACAGUUAAUGGUACUGUCUAAAUUGAAAGAUAAACAAGUUUGUUAUAGAAACAGCAGGGUAAAGGUUAAAAAUAAAUAAGACAACUGUAUAUCGGUUAUUAAGAGUUUCAGUUAGAGUGAAAGUGGCAAGUCCAGACUACAUAAGCCCUUACUUAUUGUUUCUUCAUCAAUAUAUGUCUUUUUGUAUUUUCUUUACUUUUUUUAAGAGGGAGUCUUUUUUCGGUGUUUAAUACAACAGUUUCUUUUUUCGAGUCUUUCAAAAUGUAUUUGUGAUUUAUUUUUCAUAGUGUUUUAUUUAUCUUUAUUUUUGAAGAGUAUCUGUAGCUUUUGCUGGCAUUUAUGUGUGAUUGGUAUUAUAUAUUUAACCAGCGAUUUAGUAAAAAUCUUUACGGUUUGUACAGUGUCAUAUGCUAAUGAAUGUUUAUACAUGUUUUUUGUUGUUGUUUUUUUAAAAAAAAGACAGUUAAUGAAGUGCAAUUUCAUUAUUCUGAGGUUUGGGGAUUAUACUGAUUUCACUGGUUUAUUUCUUUUAAUGUCAUACGGCAUUUGUUUGGGUUUCAGUCAGUCAGACUUUUUGUAAGAAGAGUGCAAAUAAUCCUGUUGUAUAGCGUUACAGAUAACUGAUCGGACAGUUUGAAAUUAAUCUUAUUAAUUAGAUAUAAUUUUCAACAUUAAUUUUUAACUGCAACAAAUUUUUUCAACCACUGAAGGUAGAUUGGUGAUUUGCCAGUUUGUUUUUCUUUUGCAAAAAUUGUUUAGCUACAGCAUUUUACAUGUACAUUUAAAUUAUAGACUUUAAAAUAUAAAUGAAAUUUAUAGUGUGCAUAAGAAGAGAAAUCACCAUUAUAUCAUAGAUCUUAUUUGGAGUUGGAGACCUCCAUGGACGAGUGGUAAAGUUCUCUGACUUAAAAUUACUUGCCCCUCACCAGUGUCGGUUCGAGCCUCACUUGGGGCAUUGAAUUCCUCCUGUGAGGGAGCCAUCCAGCUGGCUUACGGAAGGUGGGUGGUUCUACCCAGGUGCCCGAACGUGCUGAAACAAUGUACGGAGGGGCACCUGGGGUCUUCCUGCACCGUCAAAGCUGGAAAGUUGCCUUAAGACCUAUACUUGUGUUGGUGCAAUGUUAAACCCAACAAAAACAAAUAUUUAGAGUUUAAUGUUGAGAAAUCAUUGAUGUGGUGGUUUGAUCUGCUUGUUUUUGGAGACGUGGGAUGUAGUGUAUGAUGAUGCUUGCAUCUGUCUAUGCGUCUUUUUGUGCGUCCCUGCAGCAUAAUUUGCAGCCAGAGCAAAACUAAAAUACCAUUCAAGUUACAGUCUUUAAACUUUCUAUAUAGGUUCAUGGUGAUUAGACCAUUUGCAGAAUGCAACAAUCCACAGCACCCACCCACAUUUACCCCAAUCCAUCCAUAUAUUACCGGAAACCUUGACCCCCAAAAAAAUCACCUUUAGUUUCUCGUGCCUUAGUAUCCCAUCACUGCUGCUGCACAAAAACCUUUACUUCCCUCAACUCCGCAAGCCCCCAACCACUCCUCUUCCACCCAACACCACGUUAACCGAUACCUUUCUACCCACCAAUUUUUUUUUUCUUUAAAUUAUCUUCUUUGAUCUAUUACUUCAGGUAUAUAUUGUCCCUCAUUAUUGAGCUCUUGUUUAGAAUAGUUUUUGCAGUGUUUUGUUUUUGUUUGUAGGUUGUUUUUUUUUUUUCAAAUUAAUAGUAAAGUUUGAUAUUUAACUCUGGUAUUUUAUGUUGGUGCUAUGUUAUAUUUAAAGCCAGGUAUUACAUUUUAUAUUAAUUAAAACAGGCUGUUUAACUCGUAUGGACUCCCCUUUUGCAUCGUGAAGUAUUUUUUUAACUGUGUUUAUUACAAGUUUGGAUAUUUUAUCAUAUAACUUGAACAGUAUCAAGAAAAUAUAUACCUUUGUUCUAAUAAGUGUUGUUAAACUAUGAGCAGGUACUCACUGUGUAAAUAAAACGCUGAAUGCAAGGUAUUUUGUUAACUUUCUUAAAAUAGUCCCUAUAUUCUUUUCAUCAGUAUGAUGUAAUCGUAUGUACAUAUAUUUCAUCCGUAUUAAGUAAAUGUUACAUGCAGAAA